AUGACCAGUCGGAAGAGACAGGCCACAGAUUCUCUACUCCCAGUGCGUUCUGCUAAAUACCAACGCACAGAAGAGAACCAGGGCAUUUGGAAUCGUUGGCGUCAACUCGGAACUGACGCAUUCACACUUGGCUACGAAACGGUCCGCCUCGGAUACCUGUCCCUCAUGAACUCCUCUCAAAACCCAGGUAGAUCUCAAAUCACGUCACAACAGUCGGAAAAACCUAAUCAAACUGGCUUUUUACCCUCGCAAGCUACCCACCUGGGUUUGCCACCUCGUCUGUCUAUACCAAAAGAGUUCCACAAACCCAAAGAUUCACAACCAGUAGCAGGUCUCUCGCGGCUUUCAUCUUCUUUACUAUCGUGUUCAGAAUCCUCGAAUGCACUCAAUGGAAACGGGAACUCACCUCCAUCAACCCUCACCGGACACACCUCCGUCACCCCGGUUCCCUCGACAUCGAAGGAACACAUUCAACAUAGCCAGUCGUAUGACUUCAUAGGAAAUUCCGCGCACAGACGAGGUGUGGUGGGCUGGAUUCGCCCUCGGCAGAGUCGAGAUCAUAUAUACGCUCGUGUUCACAGAGCCAAAGUACAAGAAGAUAGGAAAAAGGACCGCGAAGAGCUGGUGCAAGAACUCUUCCAUUACAAACGUUCUACCGGAUAUACCUCAGAUUUUGACUCUUUUAAAUCUUUGAUUAAUUACCAAGCUCGACUUGAAAUUCUUGAACGACAUGCACUUUCGCCUUCACCAUCACUGACAGAUCUGCGCGCAAAGCAGUCAUUACCUGGGCACUCCCGUAGGCACUCGUUCUCAGAUGAUGUUGAUCCCGACUUCUUGGAACGUGCACUUAGAAAGGCCAAAAAGUCAUUUGAGCUUCCGCCACCCAAACCAUUUUCUCCCUCGCAUGAUCGCCUCCGUUUAUCGGCACGUCACAGAGAUGAGGCUAUUGAGAAACGUCUGCGGCCAAGGCUACCCAAGGCUCUCCCUCCUGACGCUGACACCCAAGUCAACGCGCUCCUGUGCAAGAAAGGAGUAAUUUCCAAGGUUGCUCGAGAAUCUGUUAAUGAUCGAGAUAUGUCUCGGUUACUGCCCAGUCAGUGGUUGAACGACGAAAUUAUGAACUUUUAUGGUGCGAUGAUCUUGACGCGCUCGGAGUCCAACCGCGACCCUACCGCAAAGAGAAAGGUGCUGGAUGUCCACUAUUUUAGCACCUUCUUUUGGCCAAAGCUGAAAAAUGAGGGGUAUGAGCAGGGUCGGCUAGCGAAAUGGACAAAGAAGAUUGAUAUCUUUUCAAAAGACAUCAUCCUUAUUCCUAUCAACCACAACAAUUCUCACUGGACCGGGGCUGCCAUAAACUUCCGUCAGAAGCGGAUAGAGUCAUAUGACAGCAUGAAUCUUGACCGACAUCAAGUCUUCAAGGCCUUGCGAAGUUAUCUGGACUCGGAACACAGAAACAAGCGAAAGAAACCUUUUGACUUCACUAGGUGGCAGAAUCACAAUCCUGAGGACACACCACAACAGGAGAAUGGUUAUGACUGUGGCGUGUUCACAUGCCAGUUCUUGGAAUCCUUGUCCAGAGGGGAGGAAGGAUUCCGUUUCUCGCAGCGGGACAUGACCUACUUGCGGCGGCGGAUGAUUUGGGAAAUUGGCCAUGCCAAGUUCCUGGAUGGCCCAUGA